AUAGUCGAUUAUAUUCGUGAGACAAACCCGUUAAAGAUUUCGCUUUUCUACAAUCUGAAGUUAAUAGCAAAAGUGUGGCUCGGAAUACAAUGAUAUAUAGAGAGUGAAGCGCACGUGAUAAUGCUAAUGCAUGUCUUACCUCUCUCGCUGUUCUCUUUUUUCUUUUUCUUUUAAGAAACUGAGAAUGAUAUUCAUCAAAAGCGGCCCGAAACAAAACUUGCAUUGAGAUCACUGUCAUUUGCCUCAGUCCAUUAACAUUGGCUAAUGUAUUUAACUUCUCUUCUUGGCCUCCACUGAGACUACUGAAACUUCUUCUCAAUAUCCCUUUUGCCUUCGGCUUACACUCUAUAUAUGCACUUUUGUGUCUUCCAAUACACGUUUACCACUCAAAUGGUCCAUUUCAGAAUCCAUUUUUCAUGCCAACAGUGAACUGUUAGGAUUAUACAUGCUUCGGCGUAAGACCUUAACGUUAUGCUUUUCCAACCAUAAGCAACCACGUAUUGUUUUACGUUUCAUUGGUGUUAUUAAUUAGCUCUGCUCUGAAAGUGCAUUUUUCUUUUCAGAAGAUUGUUGGCUGUUGAAUUGUUUUUUUUCAAGUUUUUUUAUUAUUAAUUAGGAGGUUAGAGGGUAUCUGUCACUUUACGUAGCCAUUUAACAUAAUUCAGAAUGGUACAACUUCAAUCGUGUGCUUCCUUGGUCAAUGCCUCGGCAUUGUGUGCUAUAGAACAAGAAGUGAGGGGAGAUAGUGUCAAUGUUGUUGCUGAGAUUUCAGCCGAGUUAGAAAGGGAAAGGAAGAAGAAUGUGGAGCUCAUGGAGAGAAUAUCAAUGCUUGAAGCUCAGUCAAGAGAAAGAAACAAGGAAUCUCAAGAAAAUCAUCAACAUGCAGUUGUGGGAAGCAUGAAGAAUUUCAAAAGACAGAAGAUACAAAUGGUAGAUGAUGAGAAAAAUACUGUGAAAAGUGAAACGGCCCCCGAGUACAAGCCUAAUACUGAAGGCAUUGUGCCUAAGGAGAUUGAUCCAGCAAAGCGCUUAGUUAAUUGGAUGAGCAUGGACGAUGGCCAAAAUUUGUAUGCUGAAAAAUUUAAAAACUGCAACUCUGUUGCAGAUUUCAAUGAAACAGAUAGUGAUGAUGCUUGUGAUGAUAAUUUUGAUGAUGAUAUGGAUAAUAAUCAAAGACAUGAGGAAAUUGAUGACACAAAUGAAACGGUUAGUGCACAAAAAGGUUACCAUGCUGAUCAUAUUGAUGAGGAAUCAAAUACAACAUGCAUGGGAAAUCAAAAGACAAGUUGCAUAUUAAUUGCUCCACUAUCCGAAAACAGUGAAGUGAAAACACACCAAGACCAAGGGAAAGAAAUUAAGGAGACUGCAGCAUUUACAGCACCACUUAAUGUCCCUUCCUCAGGAUCUGUACGUAUAUCACAGAAUAGAAAGCCUCUGAAGGUAGCUUUCUGCCCAAAAGAAGUUCAAAGGAUAAUUGAGUCUGAAGCCCUUUUGCAAAAAAAUGCUCAGUCCCACACUAUAAGAAAAAUCAUAGUUUUUGCAUCACUUGGCAUAAGGCACGGAUGUGAGGAUAUGUACGAGCUGGAAUUCAAUCAUUUUAGCAUUUUGAAGAAAGGAGAACCAUAUGUGUCUCCAAGGAACCCUGGGGAGCAUGUUUUAUAUGAGAAUCCUGGUGUUCGGAGGAAAAUAUUUUAUCCAAAUCGACAAAACCCAGUAUUAUGUCCUGUUCAGAUGCUAGAAGAAGAAAGAGCCAUGCGUCCAUCUGAUGCUAGUUGUCCAUCAUGCUUAUUCUUGUGCAUCAAAUAUGGUGGAAGGACAAGAAAUCUUCCUCAAAAUGAAUAUGUGAGGCAGCCGAUGGGAAGAAACAAACUGAAGUCUUUUGGGCCACUUAUGUGCCGAAUGGCAACGUUGGUUCAUAAUCGCAGUGGAAGCUUUUUCUUCAAGGCAUUGGGUAUCACCCUCCUGUUUAUGGCAGGAUUUCCUGGUGAUCAAGUUCAGAAAGAAACCAAAUACCGCAACUUAGACUUGCUUCAGAAAUAUUACAGAACUGAUGAGGAUGCUGAAGGGGAGGAGUUGUUUCUUCCGCAUCCAAUCUCAUGUGACAAUGGUACUCAUGAGCCCCACAAUUUAACUAAAAAGACACCUCCUGCAAAAUCCAAGGGAAGAAAGCACACAAAUGCCGUCAUCAAGUCACAUAAUUCACAAAAGACACCAUCUCAACAUGCAACACCAACAAGUUCAGCAGCUACUCAAUUUGGUUUAAGUGGCUAUUCCUCAGCUUACACAUAUGCAAUGGCAGCAUUUCAUUCAAUGCCAUCUCAGAUUUCCUCCCAAGACACUCCUCACAUGCCAAAUCCUGCUUUUUCCCCUUCCAACGCAAAUCAUCGUAUGCUGCCGCCACCACCACAGCCAGCAAGUACAUUUGUGCCAGUGAUGUAUUGGCCUCCACCAAAUGCAUUUCUUCCCGGACCCUAUCCUUCCACAUAUGGAUACCAUUCUUUUCCUUCUGCUGCAAAUUACAUGUCAUUCCAAACACAACCUUAUUACAAUAACCCAAAGUUGCUAGAAGGCAGUGGAAAGAAAGAUUUAGCCUCCGAUGAAACUGAAAGUGACACUGAUAGCAGCAGUUCUGGCUGUAGUGAGCACAAGCAGAGACCUGCGUUCCACAAAUAAUGGGCUCCUCAUCGCUACAAUGACACGCCAUAAACAAAUGAUGCACUUGGAAUGUAAUCAUUUUUUAGAUGCUUCAAGUGGCACGAUGCAUAGCUUUUCUGUGCAGCUUGUAACCCAAACUUAAUGUGUCUUAAUAUGAUUCUGAAUCUUUGAUUGAUAUAUAAUUGAUGAAUUAUUUCUUCGUGGACAUACAGUCCAAGACUUGUUCCAAUUUGUUAUGGAUUGUAAAAGAAAAUUCUAUUGAA